GUCAAGUUAUGGUGUUUUCUCUUUAAGACCCUCCCCUUGGACUUUGGCAGGGAUGCAAGGAGGCGUCCCUUGGCUUCAGAUCUCUGAAGGAGGCCAGUCGAAGAGGGACAGAGAAGUCUUGCAAGAGAUUGCAAGGGAAAGACAAGCAGAAGGCAGGCAGCCAACACCAUGGAAGUCUCCCCUCAGGUUCCCCCUAAGGAACGCUACCAUGCAGCGAUGGUCCUCUCUGGUGCAGGUGAUGCCCUUGGAUAUCGCAACCAGCGCUGGGAAUACUGCACUUCAGGGCCCCAAAUCCACCAGGAGCUCCAAGAAAUGGGGGGACUUGGCAAGGUUCGAGCUAUCCUCCCUGACUGGCCAGUCAGUGAUGAUACUGUGCUGCAUCUGGCAACUGCUGAAGCCUUGGCCACUGGAAAGGCUGGUGAAGAACUGUUCCAAGAGCUGGCUAGACUCUAUGUUGAAGCCAUGAAAGACAUGGAGGGAAGGAAGCCUGGGCCCACAAGCAUUCUUGGAACAUCUCAGUUGCAUCCUGGGGAGCCAGAAGGCUAUCACAUUCCCUUCAACCCCAAUGCAACAGGUUGUGGGGCAGCUAUGAGAUCCAUGUGCAUUGGGCUUAGAUAUCCUCAUCCUUCAGAUCUCAGCACCUUGAUCCAAGUCAGUAUAGAAAGUGGAAGAAUGACACAUCAUCACCCCACAGGAUAUUUGGGGGCUUUGGCCUCUGCCCUUUUCACUUCUUAUGCAGUGCAAGGCCUCCCCCUUGAGCGCUGGGGAGUAGGAUUGCUCAAGACCCUGCCUCUUGCCUUAGACUACAUUCAGGGUGCUGCCGCUGAGAAAGACCCCAAUGUGGGGGCCUGGGGCUAUUUCCAAGAGAAAUGGGAAUGGUACCUUUCAGAACGUGGUCUUGCUGAUGGCCAAGGCCCUGCUCAGUUUCCUCCUGCCUAUAGUCCUGCUGACCGUGAUGUCAUUUACAAAACCUUCAGCCUGGAUGGCUGGGCUGGACGGAGUGGACAUGAUGCACCCAUGAUUGCAUAUGAUGCGCUGCUGGGUGCAGGGGACAAGUGGGAUGAGCUUUGCAGCCGUGCCAUGUUCCAUGGUGGAGACAGUGACUCUACUGGGGUGAUAGCUGCAUGCUGCUGGGGUCUCAUUCAUGGAUUCAAAGGAGUUCCAGAAGGAAACCAUGCAGAGCUUGAGUACCGAGACAGAAUGAUAGCUGCGGAUUCCCUCUAUCAUCUUGCUUGGGGGCAGAUGCCACUUUGAAACUUUUCUCCCUUAUCUAGUGUUUUAGAUUUGCACACCCAAACGUGGGGAUCGUGGGUGGCUGGGGGUGUGUUGAGGCUGGCUUGCAACACGCUGAAGAAUGUCUUUUCCAGACUAAAUCUAAGCAAGGUUUACAACUCUUCCUCUCUAUUGUGGGCUGUGGGAGGGAACCUUUAGGUGCUAUAAGAUCUCCUGAGGGACUACCCCUUUUCCCCUGAUAGAUUUCUCCAUUAAGCCCAUCUUAUGGUGUGGAAGAGUGCUGUGAUUUCUCAGUGGUAAGGGAAAUGCACUCUGAACAUGCCCAAAAGCACUCUUCUUUUUUAUUGUAUCACUUAUUCCAUGGCUUAGCCCUUUUAGUGGGGCCAAAAAUAGUUUGGGGGACUAAACCUUCAGCUUUUCAGAAAAUGCAAGAGUCACAAGGUGCUUCCAGUUGAGGUUUUUAUCUUAACCCACCUCAUUCACAACAAUUUACAGGGUGUCAAAAUGACAAUUUUUUCCAGCUGUUUCUUUGAUUGUUCUUCUUAGUGCAGCAAAUCCAUUAAGAAGAAAGAACAAAAUAGCUUCAGAGUGCUUUCUAAUUGUUAGACCUAGAAGAAGACCUCCUCUGGAAGCACCCAUAACUCCCACCUGCUCCACUCCUAUGUGGGCAGAUCCCAUUCCUCUCCCAAAGAAUCCAGGAGUCCUGGACACACAGAAAGGCCCAGCUAAGAUGGUUUAAUUUGGCACCAAGGCAGUGUUUUAGGGCAGCCAAGCUGGGAUGUGGGAAGAGGGAGUGAGCGAGAGAGAGAGAGAGUGUUACCUUAGCCCCUGAGCAGGGAUGGCAAUCAUGCAGAAAUAACCAGGGCUAUUUGAUUAAAAAGCAAUUCUGGCCUAGAGUGUGACAUACUUGGCCUCUUACUUACAUCCUCAUGAUUUGCUACAGGAGAGGGUUAUGGGAGAUGUUUCAAACCCCAGAGGCUUCUGAGAAAAGACCCAAUCUGCUUAUCACAUACUUGAUGACAGCAUCAGUCAAGAAGAAUACAGCAACAAGUCAUUAAAGUCUGAUGAUAGCGACAAUCAUGGAAGACGAGAAGGCUGCGGUAGGCAUGAGGAAACCAUGAUUGGAAGGUACAGCGGCUUGCAUUGCAGAUAGGAAAACAUGAUGAAGAGAUGUGAAUGUAAAAAGAGCAUGCUGGGAUUGUCCAUGAUCAACAACAAGUCCGUAGCGGCAGACCAUGAUUCUGUUUGUCCACACAGAAGCAGAGAAUGAUGAGAGGAGGUAGUGGCAUCUCUCCUAGUGGUAACAAGAGUUCCCCUUUAAGGGAGGGUUCAAGGCCGUACAGGAGUCUGUGCAAGAUACAAGGUGUUCAAGGAAGUGGCUGCUAAGACCCCACGGGAGCUGACGUGGGUACUAUAGACUCCCCCAGGCAGCUCAUUCAGUACCCCUGUACUCUGGCAGGAAAGAGAGAGAACAAUGUAUUAGAAAAGGUAGGAGGUUUUGAGUACCCAAUUUUUUCCUCAAUCUCAUUUUGUUUUCAGUUGAUCUUUUGAUAAGAAUGUCCCAAAAUGUACAGCACUGAUUAAUCUGUUUUAUAUGGCUGUUAGCACAUCUAAUCCAGUAGUUGGCCUAAAACAUUGCUGGUUCAAAGAGCAAUGGCACUGCAUUCCAUGCAGAGAUUGUUGUUUGCCUUCAAGUCGUUUCCGACUUACGGCAACCCUGGAGUUUAUCAAACGGGAGGCUCUCAAUUUCAAAAGAGAAGAUAGCGAGGUCAAUUCGAAAAUUCAUGCAAUUAUGUGAUUACUUAUCACACCUUAAAUUUGCUGUAAUGGCCUCCCUGAACGCGACCCAGAUUCUGUGCUUGUACUGUCUUCUCAGGGAAACAGUCUCCUGUUCUAUGCUUUGUCAAAUUCUUUCUUCUGGAAAUGCAAGGGGAUUGAACCCAGGAUUUUAGUCCCAAUGCAACUAUUGUACAAGUGUAUAUAAGUCUAUUGUACCACUCCGAUUUAUCCCAUCCACCCCUUACGACAGCCAGCUAUCUGAAAGAAAUAAAACCAUACCAUGAGUAUCCUCCUGUCAAUGAGCCGGCAUAAAUUGUUCCGACUCCCACCAGCUAUAAUAUGGUCAAGGCCGAGGAAGUGACAGGUAUAAAUCUGGGGAAGGGAAAAGAGAAGGAUCAUGUGAAUUGGAUGGAAUCAAAAAGAAACCACUUCUCCCAUUGUGUCUAGCAUACAUCUAAGGCAGAAAAUAAGUGAGCCAAACUAGAUGGAGAAAGGGAGAGGGAGAAGGAGAAACCAAGGAUACUCAAAUAGCAACAAAAGGUAGGAUUACCGUACUUCCACUGAAACGUGGAUUAAGUUGCAAUACUGAGCAAUAAGGUGAAAAGAACAGGGAAAUGUACAGCCUUUCUCAAUCUGUUUUCCUCCAGAUAUGCUGGACUGCAACUCCCCUCAUCAUCAGGCAGCAGAGCAAUGCAAAAAACAGCUGAGGAUGAUGGGACAUGUAGUCCAGUACAUCUGAAACUUGCCAACUUGAGAGAAAACAGUCCAGUACAUUUUGUGACUACAUUUCUUUGUGAGAGGAGAGGUCAGUUAAUUCAAUGGACAGGCUUGGGAGUUUGGUUGGAAAGGGAACCUGUGAGUGACCCCGGAAGUCUUCUGGGAUGUCCAUGAUCUUGGCACCAGUUUCAGCCUCCCAGAUCUAGGAUCAGAGAAGAAUUUGUGUUAUUGUAUUGCUGUUUCAGGGACUGUAAAAAAUUAUGUACUGUAUGCAUGUGUGUAUAUACAGUACACACAAAUUUACUGUCUUAAUUUUUUUAAACAACAUAUAUCACAUAAUCCCCAUUUUAAUAAUUAGCAGUCUGAAGCAGCUGCACUGAAGACAGGGAAAAGGAAUGCCUGACCUCCCAUUCUUCUAACUCAAUACCCCAACUGAGCUUUGAGUCUCAGCUUUGGGGAAAGGCAAUAUAUUACUACUACUACUACUACUCAAGGUAAAAGUAUUCCCCAUUGACAAGGUUGUCAGGUCAUGUCAGACCAUAGGGGGCGGUGUUCAUCUCUGUUAUUAAG